CAAAGAAAAAAGAAAAAAGAAAAAAGAGCACAAACAAAAGAGGCAAAACUGAGAGAGCUUCAAUGUCUGUAACAGCAACUCACAUGAACACGAUCAAUCAUUUGUCAACAACCUGUAAAAUCCCCAAUUUCCAACCACCCAUUUGCGUCGAUCGCAGACUCGCUCUCUCUUUUCCUCGUAAACCCUAUUCCUUUUCUCAAUUGCUUCCCAAAACCCUGAAUGGCUCCUCUUCUUCCUCUGUCAAUCGCAGAUCGAGAUUCAAUAUCUCCAAGCGUUUCUCUGUUUCCAUGGAGUGGCAAGACUGCACAGUGAAGAAGGAAGUGGAUGUUCCAGUAUCAGUAGCGUAUGAUUUCUACUUGGAUCGUGAAUCUUUCCCUAAAUGGAUGCCUUUCAUUUCAUCCGUAGAGGUGUUGAAAGAUAAGCCUGAUCUAUCACGUUGGUCACUCAAGUACAAUGCUUUUGGUCAAGACAUCAAGUAUUCUUGGCUUGCUCGGAAUCUGCAGCCUACUCCUAACCAGAAAAUCCAUUGGAGAUCUCUUGAAGGUCUUCCUAAUAAAGGCAGCGUUCGGUUUUUCCCUAAAGGUCCUUCAUCGUGCAUCGUAGAACUAACCGUAUCAUAUGAAGUUCCUGCGCUUUUAACCCCCGUGGCAUCGGUGCUCCGGCCUUUUUUGGAAAGCUUGCUUAGAGGUGGUCUUGAAAGAUUUGCAACCUUGGCUAAAACCACUUGAAGAAAAGGACUCUGUAUGUAUCUCUGCAUCUUCCUGAUUCUGUGUGUUUGGUAUAUAUAUGAUCCGGAAGCUUGAUUAUAUCCCAUGAUUAGGGCUUUUAUACUGUGACUUUUGUAUGAUUAAAGUAUCAAUCUUUAUACCUCUCAUAACAGAAGUUAUUGUUUA